CGGCCUCAGGUUCAUCAACUGGAGUGAUUGAAUGUCCUGGUCCCAGGCUAACUGUCCCCGAGUCAGACAGUGUCCUGUCCCAUGUUAUUGUCCCAGUGUCCAGCAUGUGGCCUGGUCCCGUGGUCACUGUCCUAAGCCUGGCCCUGGGGUCACUGUGCCAGGUAAUAGAGAUUGCUGCGCUCAUGGGGUCAAUGUCCUGGGUUUACAGAGCUGGGGUCACUCUCCCCGGCUUACACAGACUGUCCCAGAGUCACAGAGACUGACCUAGUGCCGGGGUCAGGGGUCAGGACCCAUGGUCAGAGGGAGUCCUGCUCCCUGGCUCAGAGGUAGUGCAAAGGUCACAGGGAGUGACCUAACCCUGGGGUCUGAUCUCAAGGUCAUUGCCAAUGUCCUGGUCUUGGGAUCGUUGACCAGGGUCACAUACAGUGUUCUGAUCAGGGGUCACUCUCUCGGUAUCACGGUCUCAGGGUCAAGGGGCAGGUCCCCGUUGCACCCUCUGGCGGCGCUCGCUGCUCACCAAAUCGUCACUUCCGGUUCUCAUUUCCUGGUUACCGGACGCUGCAGUGAGAGAAAAAGACCAUAGCAACAGAGAAAGAGGUCUCUCAGCAGAAGAUGGAUUCAAACUACCUGAGGACUGUUUUGGGUGACUGUUUGACUGAGGGUCUGGCAGAAGUGGCACAACAUCGACCGAUUGAUCCUAUUGAAUACCUGGCAUACUGGCUGUACAAAUACAGAGACAACCUCGACUUAGAGCAAAAGAGUCAAUUGGAGAUUGAGCAGCUGAACACUGAGACACAAGCAGCAUGGAAGGAGAAAGCUAUGCAAGAACAGUUAGAAGCUGAACUGCUUGAGAUUCAGAAGGCAUAUGAAGAGAAGUUGAAGCUCAAGCAAGCAAAUCUUGAGCUUGAAAAACAGCAGCUUCAGAUUCUGGCUGCUCUUGACGCAGUGAAGGAAAAACAAGCUAAGGAGUUGCAGGAAAUGGAGAAGCAGACUUCUGAGCAUGCUAUUGUGGAAAGUGCAUCUUCAUUAGUGCCACCUGAAUGGUUUGGGGAACCUGAACUUGAAACUGUGGAAGAGAAAGAUGAAUCAACUUUUGCAAUGGAGGAUCAUAAUGAGGAAUCAUUGCCAACAGAGGAAGAAUCCAAACCUGCAGAAGAAAGCAUCAAAGAAGCUGAGGAGAAAUCCUGAAAAAUUAACUGGUCCAACUCAACUCUGGCUUGAGAAGUGGAAAUAAACUGUUCAUCAUUUGAUUUUCCAUUAAAUUAAUACAUUCUCAGUUAGUUAUAUGAGUAUCAUAAUUUGAGAUAUUGAUUCGGUGAAUUUUUACAAUUUUUUUGUACCCCUGAUGUUAGUGUUAGAAUUUAAUAUUGAAUAAAGUGCCCUCCACACUGUCCCCAUCAAACAGUCCCAGGACAAGAACAG